UCCAUAAUGCCUGAAGUGCGAGACCUCUCAGAUGCCUUGCCUGACUUGCCGAUGGAUCCCAUCACGGGUGUUGGUGUGGUUGCAUCCCGGAACCGAGCACCGACAGGUUAUGAUGUAGUUGCACAAACAGCAGAUGGCUUGGAUGCUGACCUCUGGAAAGAUGGCUUAUUUAAAUCCAAGGUCACAAGAUACCUGUGCUUCACGAGAUCAUUUUCAAAAGAAAAUAGUCAUUUAGGCAACGUCUUGGUUGAUAUGAAGCUCAUUGAUAUCAAGGACACUUUACCUGUGGGCUUCAUCCCCAUCCAGGAGACCAUCGAUACACAAGAAAUAGCUUUCAGAAAGAAGAGGCUGUGCAUUAAAUUCAUCCCUCGAGAUUCUACAGAAGCAGCGAUCUGUGAUAUCCGAAUCCUGGGUAGAUCUAAACAAGCCCCUCCUCAGUACACGUUCAUAGGGGAGUUGAACAACAUGGGCAUUUGGUACCGGAUGGGCAGAGUUCCACGCAACCAUGAAUCUUCACAGCCUGCGACUCCUCCUUCCCAAGUAUCGUCUUCGACACCAGCUCCGAACCUGCCGAGGUGA